UAUGUACAAUCACUUGGUGUGACUUACGUGCUGGAAUUCUACUGCGACAAUGGGAGACCGGCGUGACUACGAUGGUGGAAGAAGGAGAUCAAGUAGUGAAGACCGAAGUAACCGCCAUGGGUUUGACCGACGUGACGAGCGGAGGGAUGAUCGCCAAUACGGUCGAUCACUGCCAAGCUGUUUUAGUUGUAAUGAACGAGGUCAUUACGCUAAUCAAUGUCCGAAUCGCUGGCGGACAUCUGACGCGAGAGCAUCAACGUCGUACGAUGUGAAACGGGGGAGAUCGACAUCCUCAAGGAGGAGUGAAGGUGUGACGAGUGAGGUCACGAAGCAUGAGUCUGAGGAGCUACGACUGAAGAUUGAAGAAUUGAACAAAAGCCUUGCAUCUGUCUCGGAGUUUGUUCUGGCGGAAAAGGCAAGGAAAGCCGAAGAAGAACGAGUGCGUCUUGAGGCCCGAGCUGAAGCAGAACGUUUGGAAACUGAGAGGUUGGCGCGGAUUAAGAAGGAGCAACGACGCAAUGAGAAGAAACAGCGGGAUGAGCAACGAGAAGCAGAAAUCGACAAGAAGCUAGAGAUCCAACUUGCUAUCAAGACUGGUAACUUCUUUGACCGCAUGGAGCAAAACUUUGGACCAGUUUUGGAUUUUGUCCGUAAGACUCGGACAUCGAAGCAGCCGGUACAAGUACCUGAAGACUCGGAUGAUGAUAGCAAUGGAAGUGCUACCGAGGAUAUCCGAGCACGUACCAAGAAAUUGACGAUCCAUGAGAAGAGGAAGGGGGGUGCGGAGGUGGUCUUCGAAGGCAGCCCUCCUUUACUGACUCCGGCGAAGCGUACGCCGCGUCGGACUGAUCCGACGAAGAAGACCGCCCGUACCCCUGGCCGUGUCACUCUGACCAAGGCGAAGUUGAAGACGAAGGUAUCACCCUACGUUGAGAAGCUGAAGAAGACACUCGGUCAACCAAGCACUAUCGAGAAACUGCGCUUCCGGAAUCAACAGAUGGAAGACCUCCGGAGUCUUGGUGCAUUGGAACUCCAAGGGUCUACCCAUCCGAAAGUGGAUGGGCAUGUCUGUUUCCGUUUAUGUGAUGGGAAUCAGCAGCACCAGGAAUUGGCAAAUGCUAAUGACAUUCCUCGUCCGGAUGUUUCGAAUCGUGUACAGCUAUUGCAACGGGAAGUUGCUUGUGGUUUUUCGAAUUGGUACAAUCUGAAGGGAGCUCAACCAGAUCUUUGUGGCUUGGAUUUUCAUCGCUGUUUUACGCAGAUUGAGGAAGUGGCUGACAAGAUUUCUCUUGACGGCGUGAAGGGGGUGAAAGAGGAGUUGAAGGGAUUUGUACUUACACCUCUUGAUCGAAAUGUCGGCGAAACAUUGGUGAUGUGCUCUUCUGUCUAUCAGAAGGCAAUGAUGGAAACCUUUGUCCUAAGCUCUGGUUACCGUAUUGUGCAGGAAUCUGAGAGUUGUAUUUUAGCUCAGGUAAAGAUAGAAGUACGUGAGGAUGGUCUGAGUAAGUUUGUGCGGUGGGAUGGCAAAGGCAGUUUCGGGGUAUCCUAUGUACUGCCCAAACAUAAGGAUACCAAUCGCUUCAGGCCGAUUUGUCCCAUGUUCAAGGAACCUAUGGUGAAGACUGGGCGUAUGGUUGCUAAGGGUUUGAACCAUCUGCUGUUUCAGUUGCCUGUUGACAGUCAUUUCAAUCUCCAAGUUGUCUCUUAUCUUACUGCUCGUCUACUUCGUGUAAACAACAAGAUUGAUCGUGGCAAGAAAGGGGUAGUUGAGUCGGCCUCCUAUGACAUUAAGGAGAUGUUCAGCCGACUCCCCCACACUGAUAUCAUUGAUGCAGUGUCAUGGAUUGUUGAUCACUACCGAAGCAAAGGAAAGACAUGUGUGCGUGUGAAUACGAGAGGCAGAGGGGCUUCCUUUGGGAAGACCACCGGAUCAGACCACUGGAGACAACUUGAGUUUGAUGACUUGGUCAAGUUCGUGCGCCUGGAGUUGAAGCAUACCUACACAUACGCAACAGGUGUGCUGCCAAGACAAGUAAUCGGUAUCCCGAUGGGCAAGAGUACGAGCCCUCCUUUGGCUUGUAUUCUUUGCGCCUUCGCGGAGUGCAAAUUUUUGAAUAGCCUCGGCUCUCUUCGGAAGAGAGUCUUUGGUAUCAGAUUGAUUGAUGACGUCAUUCUGAUUACCGCAGCACUGACUGGCCAGCAGUGGAAGAAGAUCCUAGAAGAGUUCGAGAAGUGUUAUCCACAGAACUUGGUUCUGAAGCGUACUGAUGAUGGAAACGGGAUCCUGCCUUCCUUGGAUGCGAGUAUACAUGUCCGUGCGAGGGUGCUAGGGUUUGUGCUCCAGGUGCUUGGAGUCGCUGCCCGGGGUAAUUGCUACGAGACCCGGUUCUUCGCAUUCGUGCUUCUCGUUGCACAUGGUGUGGGCUCGAUGCUUGCGUAUGCCUUGGAUCGCCGAUCUCGGAUCGAUUACUUGAAAUCGUUGCCAGAGUUCUUCUUGAAAGCAAUCCUAAGGGACCCAACGCGGUACUCGGGGGUGCGAGAAGAAGAGGAGUCCCUGAACAUUUGUGCAGAGAAAUUUUGGAAGGUCUUCUGCCCUAAUCUCCCCCCAGGGUUGAACAACAGCAACGAGUUUGUUUCAAGGGCCCUUCGCACAGCUAGGGAGAACUCGCAGGCCCGCGCAGAAGACAUGGUUCGUCUUGGACAUGGUGGAGGAGGCAGAGGAAGAGGAAUGUGCUGCUGUAAGCGAAGAGCAGCCAGCGGGCUUGCUGGGGGAUUCUUUGGCGUGUCUGACGUCUCGACCGAGAACAACAGUGGUGCGCAUCAUUGCAAAGAAGUGUACCAGGAUUCUCAGAAGCGACCCGGAAUCUUGCAAUCGGUCAACUCUUCUGGGUCAACAGACGGCUAGCUUACCUGCCGCCCUUUAAUGAAGUGUUGACUGGUGGGUCACCAGCAGGCCGAUGGAUGCUCAAGGACAACAGUGCAGAUCACUUGCGAUGAAGUCAACUGUUCUCGGAAAGGUUCGGGAAAUGCGCCGUCAAUCAACUCAUUUGGGUCAGCAGCUGGCUAGCUUACCUGCCCGCCUUUUAGCAAACUGUUUGACUGGUCGGUCAACAACAGGCCGGCCGAUGCCCAAGGACAACAGUUCAGAUCAGUGGGAUGACGUCAACAAUUCUCAGAAAGGACCUGUCAAUUUGUUGGCAAUCAGCUCGUCUGGGUCACCAGCAGGCUAGCUUACCGGCCGCCUUUUGUCGAGGUGUUUGGCCAGUCAACGGGAGGCGGACAGACACCCGAGGACGACAGUGCAGAUCAUUGCAUUGAUGUAAAAAAUCCUCAGAAACGAGCUGGAGCUUCCCCGUCGACCUACUCGUCCCGGUCAGCAGCCAGCUAGUUCACCCAUUGCAUUGUAGCCAACCGUUUGCCCGGUCAACGACCGGCCAACGGAUGCUCGCGGUGCAGAUCUCUGUGAUGGUGUCAAUGACCUCGCAAACGACCUGGAGUUUCGCCAUCCAUCAGCUGAUCUGGGUUAAGUUUGCUAAGUUGGGCUGACUCACCCAUCGCACUGUAGCCAACCGUUUGACCGGUCAAUGACAGGCCGAUGGCCCGAUGGAUGCCCGAGGACAACAGCGCAGAUGAUUACAAUGAUCUCAACGACUGUCGGAAACGAGCCGGAAACGAGCCCGAUGGAUGCCCGAGGACAACAGCACUGAUCAACUUAUCUGGGUCAACAGCCGGCUAACUCACCGAUCGCAUUGUAGCCAACCGUUUGACCAGUCAACAACAGGCCAACGGAUGCCUGAGGACAACAGUGCAGGUCAUCGCAAUGAUGUCAACGAUUCUUGGAAACGAGCCGAAGUUUCCCUGCCAAUCAACUCGUCUAGGUCGGCAGCGGCAAGCUCUCCCGUCGCACCGUAGCCAACCAUUUCACGGGUCAACGACAGGCUGACUGAUGGACUGAUCUCGCAACUACCCACCAGCACUGGACCGUUCCCCGAAUGAUGAAGUGAUGACCAGAUCACUCAAUGAUCCAUCCGCCCAAAAGCAAGAAAACGGAAAGAAGCUAGUAGCUUCCCAGUCAAUUGGUUCACCAUCUGUUGACUACCAGUCAGUUGACCAAUUGAGCACUUCCACGUCAGUUUACCACUUGACCGUCAAUCGAUUGGUUGACUGUGUGUUGGGCAUUUGACCCCCUCUUAGUAGCUACAAGCUGACUGCCAGUCAACUGGUCAGUCAAUUGGUAGUCAACUGACAGUCCACUGGCAGUCAACUGGUCAGUCAACUGGUAGUCAACUGGCAGUCAACUGGCAGUCAACUGGCAGUUAACUGGUAGUCAACUGGCAGUCAACUGGCAGUCAACUGGCUGUUAACUGGUCGUCAACCGGCAGUUAACUGGCCGUCAACCGGCAGUUAACUGGCCGUCAACCGGCAGUUUACUGGCCAUCAACCGGCAGUCAACUGGCAGUUUACUGGUAGUUGACUGGCAGUUAACUGGUAGUUGACUGGCAGUUAACUGGUAGUUGACUGGCAGUUAACUGGUAGUUGACUGGGAGUUGACUGGCAGCUAACUGGCAGUCAAUUGUGCGUUACUUUCUGUUGGCUUUUACCACAGUUGUCUAUUAGCUUGUGCCAGUAAACUGCCACUUGAGUG